CAGCACCCUUACCUAUGACAAAUGGAACCCCCAGCAGUGUGAGGAAAACCUGAAAGUGGCACAUGGCAGAGUGUGGCGAUGGAGACAGCAAGCAAUGGUAGUGCCGUACAGGGACCCAUGACACACUCUGGACCUGGCAGCAGCAUGAGGAGGCGGUACAGGGGGCCCAUGACAGAUUACGGGCCUGGCAGCAGCAAUGGGAGGCCCGUAAUCUGCCAGCACCCUAAUGACAAAAUGGAACCCACCAGCAGUGUGAGGAGACCUGAAAGUGGCACAUGGCAGAUGUGUGUGGCGAUGGAGACAGCAGCAAUGGGAGGCCGUACAGGGACCCAUGACACACUCUGGACUGGCAGCAGCAUGGAGGAGGCGGUACAGGGGACCCAUGACAGAUUACGUGCCUGGCAAAGGCAGCAUGAGGAGUCGGUACUGGGCCCAUGGCAGAUUACGGGCCUGGCAGAUGACGACGAGGCUGCCAAGGUCUCCGCCUCACUACUAGCCCCCUCGGCUGCGUGUGGGUCAGGAAACAGACAUGUCUCUAGACCGGUUACUGAG